GAAAAAAAAGAAAACAUACUUGAACUGAAAAUCGAGGUUCCUUUGUUCGGUUCCCUGUCUUGAACUGAAAACGGGUAUUCGAAGGUUUUGUUGUUGCAGUUGUUCGUUGUUUUUUUCCCCCUUUCAUGAUAUCUAUCUCAUUUGGUUAGUAGAACACUAAAUCUCAAUCGAAUGCCAUUUGGGUGUACCAUCUUGUAAUUCUCUCGGAUUUUGGCAUUUUCUGUGUUGGAGAUUAACAUAUCCACCAGAAUUACCUUCUCUACGUGUCUUUACUCUUCGAUGUCGUAAAUCAUGUUUUAAAAAAAAUAUCCGAGAUAAGGUUUUGUUUUUGUUGUUGGGAUUGUGGUCGAAAAUGGAUUGUGGGAACAUGUCUAAAGGUAAGAGAUUUUUGUUGUUUCACUCACAUCAAGUAAGUGGUGAUGAAUGUUGAUUGUGAAGAAACAUGUUGAAAUCCGUUGUGGGUUGCUGCAAGGUGUACAUAUCAGAGAGCAGGAACAGAAUUGCGUUAGAAUCAAUAGAACGAGCUUCCACGCUUUUCCCUUUGGCUCCCAUAAUCAACAAGUUCGAGGAUGUGGCCUACAACAGAGUUGGUUACACCCUUGUCUCUGAAAUGGGUGUUUCAGGGCCAUCUCACCUGGCAGAUGCUGUGUUAGCAAUGGUUAAGGCUGCUUUUGACACCAUUGAUUUUGAUGUGCACUCUGGGACUCAUCCUCGACUUGGUGUCGUGGACCACAUUUGUUUUCACCCCUUGCUUGAUGCUUCCUUGGAUCAAGCAGCUACCACUGCUAGGUGUUUAGCCACGGAUAUGGGUUCUAAUCUUCAAGUUCCCACCUAUCUAUAUGGAGCAGCUCAUGAGGAGGGGAGGACACUUGAUUCAAUCAGAAGAGUAUUUGGUUAUUUUAAGCCAAAUUCUAGCGAAAAUCGGUGGAUUGGGGGACUAAAAUCAGACUCUUUACCACUGAAACCUGAUAGUGGCCCUUCUCAAGUAACAUCAGCAAAGGGUGUUGCAGUCAUUGGAGCCACCAAUUGGGUUGAUAACUACAACAUCCCUCUAUUGUCUUCUGAUAUUAAUGCUGUUCGCAGAAUUGCCAAACGGGUCAGUGGAAGAGGUGGUGGACUUCCCUCUGUACAGGCCAUGGCACUUGCACAUGGUGAAGGUGUGAUUGAGGUAGCCUGUAAUUUGUUGGAUCCAAAUAA